AAUUAUGGCACACAUUAAUAAAAGCAUUCAAUGAUUUUACUUGCAUAGUUGUUCAACCUUGUUUGUUUAUCUUUUUUUUGUCUGUCUGGUUGGAAAUGUCAGGAACUCAGGAACAAGUACACCUUGUUCAGCACGAAGUUGCAUUUACCAAUAUGUAAUGUGUCGAAUUUUAACUCUCUGUAGUGAUAUAUAUAAAAAAAAUAAUCCUACGAGUGUGUUACUGCCACAAUCAAUAAUGAUUUCCGGUUGGUGGGUUAGGAAAGGGCAACGUAUGAAAAACAUUUUGUUAAAUAUCUGUUCUUGUUUGUUUAUAUCGAAAGAUAUGAGUAAAAUGAUUUUGUAUUCAACUUUCGUGAGCUUGUUGAUGGGAUUUGCGGUAACGAUUUUGUCUGAAUACUUGCGAAAUCAAUAUUGUGUGGAAGAGAACAGUUCUGUGAGGCAUGGGUUUGCACGACGUUCACCUUUCAUGGCGCUUCCAGAGGAGAAGGAUCUUCAUGUUUCAGACGACUUUGUGUCUGGACUGGUGUUGCCUGGCACUUCUGUGGCAAGUAACAAGAAAAAAGCGAAAUCUCAAGACCUGGACGCAGAAGCUCUGGGCUCGCUGCGCGCCGCGCUGGAGAUGCGGCUGGCCGGCAAGAACGAGAAGGCCCUGAAGCUGUUCCAGCACUCGGUGGCGCUGGCCCCCCAGCACCCGGACGUGCUCAACCACUACGGGGAGUUCCUGGAGGAGACGCAGAAGGAUAUAGUGCGGGCGGACCACCUGUACUUCCGGGCCCUGGCGCUGUCCCCGGGCCACACCCGCGCGCUCGGCAACCGCGAGCGGACCGCGCGCAUCGUGCAGGAGAUGGACACGUCCGUGCUCGAGCGGAUCGACAAGAAGCGGGACGCGCUGUCCGCCAUCCCCAACUCCAACUCUGCCUUUCGGCGGGCCAAGAAGGAAGCAUACUUCCAGCACAUCUACCACACGGUGGGCAUCGAGGGCAACACCAUGACGCUGGCGCAGACGCGCUCCAUCGUGGAGACGCGCAUGGCCGUCGCCGGCAAGAGCAUCAUGGAGCACGGCGAGAUCCUGGGCCUGGACGCCGCCCUCAAGUACAUCAACUCCUCGCUCGUCAACAGGCUGGGGGCCAUAACCGUGAAGGACAUCCUGGAGAUCCACCGCAGGGUGCUGGGCUUCGUGGACCCCGUGGAGGCUGGGACGUUCCGCCGCACGCAGGUGUACGUGGGGGGCCACGUGCCCCCGGGCCCGCUGGAGAUCACCCUGCUCAUGGAGGAGUUCUCCCGCUGGCUGAACUCUGAGCGGGCCGCCCGCAUGCACCCCGUGCGCCACGCGGCCCUGGCGCACUACAAGCUCGUCCACAUCCACCCGUUCAGCGACGGCAACGGCCGCACGGCGCGCCUGCUCGCCAACACCAUCCUCAUGCAGGCGGGCUUCCCGCCCGUCAUCGUGCUGAAGCAGGACCGCCACCGCUACUACGAGCACCUGGAGGCGGCCAACCGCGGCGACGUGCGGCCGUUCGUGCGCUUCGUCGCCGAGUGCACGGAGCGGACGCUCGACCUGUUCCUGUGGGCCACCGGCGAGUACGCCUCGCAGCUGCCCGCGCUCGACCAGGUGUUUGACGGCCGGACGAUAGUGCUCGAAGGCGACGACGCGCACGCUUGACGCGCGUUUGCAAAAGCAGCCCUUUUUUUUAUUAUAGUCUCUUAUGAUUUGAUGCUCUUCAGAACCUUCUCUCUGUGUUAUUUCUUGAUUAUACCGUAUUUACUCGUGUAUAGCGCGCCCCACGAUUUUUGCAACAAAUUCCAAAGAAAAAAAAUUAAAUUUUUUUUCCCAUAAAUAAAUUUUACUAACAUUUUGUGGUACCUCCUAAGUAAUUACUUUUGAAACAAAUGAUAAUUUAAAUUGAUGUGCGGUGAUGCGUCAGGAAAAUACUUAAACUUUGCUGUGUAGACGGAAUAUAAUGAAGCGCUGAAUCGUCACAACUGGUACGUGGACGAGAGGGAUGGAGGGAGGGAGGCAGGCAGGAACGGGACUAUGACCAUCAAGUAACCUUGACAGUUGACAGGACUAAACACCACCACUCCCGUCACGUAGCUUCUACAUAGAUAUUUCAACUGAUAGUUAACGCACUUUUAGGGACACGCAAAAUGAAGCGUGCCACGCGACGUUGCUAAGCUGGCGCGGAGGACUGUAUGACUCACCGAUAGCUGCUGGGAAGAGGAAGCUAAGGAAGUGGGAGGGGGACUGGUGACAGCAUUCUCUCUCUCUUUUAUUUUACUAGCUGCGCUGGCUUUCUGUAGAUGGGGAGGUCUAAAAAUAAACAAGAGAUGUGCGAGCUUGCAUGUGCAUGUGUGUGUGUGUGUGUGUGUGUGUGUGUGUGUGCACGCACGAGACCAGGUUGUGUGCGUGUGGGUGUGUGAAAGAGAGUACUUGUUGCUUGUGCGUAUGUGUGGGGGCUGGCCAGAAACGUCACCCAGCAGUUAACGACAUCCACUCCUCCUCCCCGCCCUCACUUUUUUUUUCCGUGUAUUGCGCGCAUCCUUAUUAUUUUCCAUUACUUGAGGGGAAAAAAGGGCGCGCUAUACACAAGUAUAUACUGUAUUUGCUUAUGUUGAUUUUUAUAUCAUUAGUUUGUUUUUUUUACAUUAAUGUGUAAUAUUUAAAUGUUGCUCUUGCUCAACCAGCAUUUCUUUGAUAUCACUAUAAAUCAAGAAUUUUAUUGUUUCUUUAGUAGGUGGAGGUUACUAAUAAUCAUAGGUAUUGAUUGUGUUGGAUAAAUAUUUACAUACAUUAGCUUAGCACCAAAUUCAAUUUACUAAAAGUUCUACCAAAUUUGCAGUAAUGUUAGUUAUACUUAAAAAAAUUUAUUGAAAUGUUUUUUUACUGUUUUGAGCUAUUGAUAAAAUGUAAAUCUUUUUAUAUUGCUAAGACUGUUUCUCUUGAAACUAAUGUUGUUGAUCAAUGUUUCCCCAAAGUUUUGUUUUGAUGGCCAGAGGUUCUUGAAUUAUAAUCUCUAUAAAAGGUAGAGGGAUUAAAUUUUUGUUCCCAUUACAUACAUUUUCUUAACUUUUAGAGCCAAGAUUUCAUGGUGUUAUAAAAAAAAAGUAAAUUUUGUCAUUAAAAAUAGUGGGUUUUGUUUUUAUAGUCAUUAAUAAGUAAACAUGUAAUAGUAAGAACAUUUGAAACACAAUUACGUUGAUCAACUGCUUUAAAAAUGUGUGGUAAGUCAAGUUACAUCAAUAUUCUUCACAAGAAAGUUAUAAAUAUGAAUAUAAAAAGGAUAGCUAUGACUAGAGCCAAGAUAUGAAGAUAUAUUAUAUUUUGACAAGUUUCAUUGUUAUCAUUUUUAUUUUUAAAGUAUUGUGCUUUAAUACAUAAAAUUACUGAAAUAUGUAACCAAGAAAUGGUGUUAUUGGAAUUACUAAACAUUUAUAACAAUUUCAGCAGUGGGAUUAAAAUAUUGAAAUAUGUACAUAUGUAAUUUAAGUUUAGUUCCGGUGCCAACAUACUUAAAAAUUUUAAUUUUAAUUAUUGUCCCUGGCUUAUUAUUUUAAUACCAUUAACAUGAAAUUCAAAAUCUAUAUAUAAUUUUAAAAGCUCAUAAUCAUUAUGCUUAUUCAUUUUCUGGUGAUGUUUCUCUGUGGCCUUUGCCCCUCUUACUGUAGGGUAUCAGCUAUAGACAUUAUUUACUUUACUUUGGACAAACCAUACAGAGUCACUAAAUCAAUUUUUUUUAAUGUGAAUUUCACUGCAUUGUUUUGUUUUGCUUUGCAUUUUGGUGUUAUGCCGUGUAUUGACUUCCAUUUCGAUGUUAGGCAGUGCAGUCACUUCAAUUUUGUUGUAAUUUCAGUUUUAUUGCCAUUCACCAUUUAAUCGUGCCUCUACUAAUUGCUAACCUUUGAAGUUCUCACAGAUGUAAUGCUGAACUAUCUGCUGUUGACGUAUUUAUGAUUUUUCCACUUGCUCAAGAUCUCGGCCUGAUUAAUAUUUACAUAAACCUGAGUGAGGCACUGCAUUGUUUUCGCAGUCUGCAUGUCUCCCUUCAUUUUCAUGUGUUUAGCUGAAUUCACGAUAACCCAAGAACGGAACAUGAAUGCGACAGGACAAAUGCCUGGAAAUAUAAAACUUAACUAACAGCGGCACCUCUCCACAGUUAGCGUUCAGGUGGCGAAAGAAGCCCACGAAUGAAAUUGGUCUGACUUCCUUCCAAACAGUCAAAUGGCAGCAUUUGGUAUCAAGUAUACAAUGUGAUAAUACCAAAACUGUCUCAUAAAUUGGGCAGCUAAAUUAAUUCCUAAAAAAAAUCUAGUUUUUAUCUCAUUAUUGCAUGCAUUAUUUGUGUGCACGUAAUCUUACAAAAUACUGGGAAUGAUUAAAAAAAAAAAGUGUCGUAUCUCGUAGUUUAACCAUCAUAAAAGGAAAAAAAAUUAAAUUGUUCUUACAUGCUUUGUUUACUUCUUUAUUUACCAUCAUAAUAGCAAUUUUUUUUUAAUGCUAACCAUUCUCUAUUUGCUCUGUCUUUUCUUGGCAUUCUGCUUAUGUUUCGUUCUUAGUAAUUGUGUAUCCAGCUGCUGUAAUUCUCACUGUCUUGGUGAUGAAUUUUCUGUGAUUAGAAUAGUCAAAUACAUCUAGACCAUUUUACAUGAAAGAUCAUCCAUGUUGGUGGAAAUUCUGUGUUAUCUCGCUACCUCGCUGCGAAAUAUAUAGUUUCAUUAAUUGUGUCAAUGUUUGUGUGCAAGCUAUUGUGAUUAUAUUUUCAUUGCACAAAUUUUGCAUGGGUACAAAGACACUGAUAAAAUAUUUAUUUAUCGUAUGUACUUCUAAAAUUUCCUUUGUCUGUGCUUUAAAAAUAACACAUUAUUUACUACAAUUUAGUGUGAAAUGAAAUUUGUAUGUUUUUUGUAAGUUGAAACGACCAAGUAUUACGAGCAUAUUGAGGGGUAUGGUCACGUUCAAGAACGAUUUUGUAUGAACUUGCAAACAUGUGAAUGUUGGUUUUGUGUAUACAUACAUAGUUCUUAGGCUUAGGUUUGAAGACCAACGCAUGAACAGCCAAAGAUUGGUGGAAAUACUCUGUGCCAUACAUCAACUCAAAGUUGGUGCACUAUUUUUAAGACUGCAAUGUUUUUGUAGUUGUUGACUUGUGCUGCAGCUGAGGCAGUAUUGUUGUUAUGUGGACAAAGUCUGGAGAAUCACAUUUAGUCUGUGGUUCUGUCGAUGGUGCUUGCCGUGUGGUUAUUUAUUGCAGGAAAAUGUUAACUUUAAUAAAAACUAUAGUUCCUUUUUUUUUUUAUUCGUUUUAUGUGUAAUUGUGAUAUUCAUGUUGUUUCAAUUUUUUGAAAAGAAUUCUGUUCAUAAUAAUUGUUAGUUUACUUAUUUGUCUAAAAACACUUUAAAAAUAAAGUUGUAUUCUAUCAUGA